AUGGACGCAGGAGAUUUUCCCACCUCGCCUGCCAAGCGCCAGAGAACGGCCUCGCCAGAAGCAACCGAAACCGACGUCCACCGUCCUGAGUCCUUGACCGCAGUCAAUGGAGCACUUGGACCCCAGCCCAAGCCUCCAGGGCAGGCGCACGAGCAAGAGUCGGAGCCAGUGGGCACGGUGCAGUCGAGGGAAACCCAGCCUCAAGUUGUAGCAUUGGAGGAGGCACCUUCGAAUUCACUCCUAGACGUGUUGAUGCAGCAGGUCGAGGCCGAAUUCAGUUCGAACCCUCCUGCCCACAUCCAAGACCCGGAGCCUGUGAGCCAUGUUGGCGCUUCAACGGAGGACAAAGAUGGAGGCUCAGUCAGCAAUGAUGGUGAUGGCCUGACUAAUGCAACUGAAGAGAUGGCAACAAAUGUCGUCCAUAACACCGCGGAGCCCAUGGACCUGACGGACGGGAUUCCAUCCGCUACGACUGGACAGGUCAUCCCAGGUAUCAGCCCCUCUGUAUCGGGCAUGGGGGCUGCGAUAGAUGCUCCUCUUCCAGAUCACAAUACCAUGGACGCGAUUCGCCCAGAACCCGCGGCCGUACCUGAAGAAGCCGAGGGCGCCGAGUGGGAAAUCGACUCCUCACCAUACGAAUCUUCCUCGGAUUCCGACACCUCCUCCGACGAUAGCUCCUCAGAAGAAGAUAGCGACAAUGGCGCUGACGGUGAUUAUGCCAUGCUAGAUCCUGAAGAGGCCGCGCGGAUCCUCAUGCAGGCUGACGGCGGAUCAGACGAUGAAGAAGGACCAAGGAAGAAAGAAGGUGGUCCAUUACGGACGGCUAAUGAACGCAUGGAAGAAGUCAUCCCCAAGCCUGACGUCGUCGUAACCGAGGACAUGAAGAUUGAAGAGCUAGGCAACGUGGAGUUUGUGGUCGAGAGUACAGUGGUCAUCAAGGCUAAGACGUCAGGGGAGUAUCGCGUGCUAGAGGCUGGCUCCUUGAUAUGUCUCAAAGACCGGUCGGUCGUGGGUGUGGUUGCCGACUUGAUAGGGCGAGUCGAGGAACCCAGGUACACCAUUCGAUUCAACAACGACGAUGCUAUCAAAGAAGCUGACCUGUGGGAGUCUGGGACCACGGUGUAUUAUGUUCCUGAUCACUCGACCUUCGUUUUUACUCUCCCUUUGAAGACUAUCAAGGGAAGCGACGCAUCCAAUUUCCAUGACGAAGAAGUGGGUGACGACGAGAUGGAGUUCUCGGAUGACGAGGCCGAGGCCGAGCACAAACGCCAGAUGAAAGCCAAAAGGCAGGGUCGGUCCCUGGAGAAUACAGGCAGAGGAGGUCGCGGUGGCCCCAAAUUCGCCAGAGGAGCACAUCGCGGCGGAGGUGGAGGUCGAGGAGGACACUAUGCCGGCAAUGGCUCUAGCAGUGCUGAUGGUUCAGCCUACGGGAGUGGCUCCCUGGAGAUGAACUACGAUGAUGUCUCGAUGCCUAGCACCACCGAAGAUGGCUAUACGCCUCUCCAGCGACCCGCCGACUUGACGGACAUGAUUGCCAGGGGAGAACAACAACCAGAACGUGGGGUACCACAUUCCUUACCACCACCGCCACCGCCAUCACAGUUUAGGGGAAGCGGCGAUUUUGGCGGGCGUGGCAGGGGAUACGGCAGAGGAGGACGAGGUGGGUUUCGACCCGGCCGUGGUCGCGGUGGCUUCAGUCAGCCUCGCGACAACCACUUCAACCAGCAUAAUGCUUCAGCCCAUCAACAGAACGGCUUUCCACCACAACACGGCUACCCUCAUCAGAAACCCUUCACAGCGCCACCCGUCCCAAAUAUCAAUGUUCCCACCACCCCGUCCAUAACACCGCAAAACAUCACAUACCCGCCGAUGACACCCUCGCCCAUCACACCACUACCCAACGUAUCAUUCAACUUCGGCCGCGGGUUUCCAGCGGCUUCCACAUUCCCGUCCUUCCCACCUCCACCUCCAGGCAUGCCUGGCUUCCCUCCUCCACCACCCUAUCAACACAAUUUCAACUUCCAGCAGCAGCAACAACAGCAACAGCAUCAGCAUCAACAUCCCCCUCAACCCUCCUUUGCUGCAAACUCGACCGCAGGCGACGGACAGAAUACUUUCCUGUCCGGAGCUUGGGCUAAUAACCCAGCCGUCGCAGCCGCUCUGCAGAGGCAGAUUGAGGAGCAGAGGAGAAACCACGGGUGA